CCUGGUUGUUCUAGCCAAGAAAGUAGAACUCUGGCCAACUCCUGCCAAGAAAAGGGAGACCUCGAUCGAUACAAUUUCAGCCCGUAUCAUUCACUAACAUCCCUCGAUGAUUCCCCUUAUGUUCAGGGACAAUUGCGACGUGGAUUUGGAAGCUUCCAAAUUCUAUUUUCUAGGUUUCAAGCUAAUGUGGUACAGUUGAGUAGCAAUCUUGGAGUAAUAUAUCAAGUGUUGCCUUGUCAUGUUCAAGUAAAUUGGAAUUCGGUGCAAAUGGUGUUGACAAUAACAAUUAUAUUCGCCCUCAUAUUUUUGGGUAUACUGGUCUUCAGAAUCGCUUGAUGACCAGAAUUCAUUGAUUAGAAGCUCAGCUGCAGCAUACUAUGCAGUUAAUAUUGAUGAGUUGCAUGCUGGAUUGCUGGUGAAAGUACAAAUUCCUCUUCGGACGAUCCCCUUGGAAGCAUGUAACAUUCUCCAGGAAUUCGCCAUUAGAAUUCGAUUUAAGCACAGAGCUGUUAGAAACCGAUUUCUGUAGGGUUUCUCUAUUUAUUAAUAUAAUUAUUAUUAGGGUAAUUAUCAAUAAGGUUAGUAGUCAUUUAAUAGAAUUAGGUUUAUUGUUAGGGUUUUCCAUUAUUUGCUAUAUAUAUAUUUACUUUGGGC